AUGGGGGAUAAGGAGCAGUUGCGCAAGCAGCUGGAAGACCAGAUAGCUGCCACAGAGCUACGGCUCGGCCAGCUGAAGCAGGAACUUGCAGACCUCGACGCGCAGCAGCCCACUUCACAUACCAACACCGAGUCGGCCAUUGGGUCAACUGAAUGGCCACUGCUUCAAGAUGAAUAUAGAAGAUACGGAAGACAGAUGAUCGUUGAACAGAUCGGACUGGCAGGCCAGCUUAAGCUACGGAAUUCAGCAGUGCUUAUCGUUGGGGCUGGCGGGUUAGGAUGUCCGGCAGCAUUAUAUCUCGCCGGUGCUGGAGUCGGCAGGCUAGGAAUCGUCGACGGCGAUGAGGUCGAGAGCUCAAACCUGCAUAGGCAAGUCCUGCAUCGUACGAAGAACACGGGCAAAUACAAGGUGGAUAGUGCAAUCCAGUAUCUACAAGAGCUGAACCCUCAUCCCACCUACAUCCCUUUCAGAACACAACUCUCGUCGCAAAACGCUCCCGAGAUAUUCGCCGACUUUGAUAUAAUACUAGACUGCACCGAUAACCCUGCAACGAGAUACCUUAUUUCAGAUACUGCAGUUAUACUCGGAAAACCGAUCGUGUCUGCCUCCGCACUGAGGACAGAAGGACAACUGAUGAUCCUCAACUACCCGCCACGGCCACCAGGCGAUAAAUCAGGAGGCCCGUGUUACCGGUGCGUCUUCCCCAAGCCACCUCCAGCAGAUAGCGUCACGAGCUGUGCGGAUGGUGGAAUAAUAGGUCCUGUGGUGGGCAUGAUGGGUGUGAUGCAGACGUUGGAGACUAUACGGGUUAUAACGAUGGUUAUCGAAGAAGGGGUUGCGUCAGUGAAUAAGUCUGGGAAUAGCAGGAUUGUUCCGUCUCUGCAUCUGUUCUCGGCUUAUUCCAUGCCUCCGUUCCGUUCUAUUCGGUUACGGCCACGACGACAAAACUGUAGCGCAUGCGGCACGGAGCCAUCGAUAUCCAUUGAAACCCUCAGAAAUGGGUCGAUGGAUUAUGUGCAGUUCUGUGGCUCGCUCAACCCUGUCUCUGACUUGACACCGGACGAACGACUAAGUGCGGCGGAUUACAAGUCGAAACUUGAUACUCCUAGCAGUGACGACAAGGGUGUACUCCUUGACGUGCGUGAACGAGUUCAGUAUGACAUUUGCGCAUUGCCAGAUAGCAUUAGCGUUCCCAUAUCAGAGGUACUGAGGUCAUCUUCUGGCUCCUCUGAGGUGACGAUUGAGAAGAGUCCAGAAUGGCUUCCGAUGAAUAUUAUUGACCUCAGUUCGACAACGCCUAUCCACGUUAUUUGUCGUCAAGGUAACGAUUCUCAGGUUGUGGUGAAGAAACUAAAGCAGCUUGGGCUAGACCAGGGCGGUAAACGCUUUAUCGGCGAUAUAAAGGGCGGCUUGGACGCGUGGAGGAGAGACGUUGAUCCGCAAUUUCCUGAUUAUUAG